AUGAAUAUACUAUUCAUUUUCAUGUGUUUGGUGGCCUGUAUUACCGGGAUGAAAAUCCCAUUGAAAGAGGAGUUGGAAAUAGAGAAUGAGUUAAAAGUGAUAAACAAAGUUCCGAUCAAGAGUAUCCCUACAGAAUUCGGUGAUAUUGUUGACUGCAUUGAUAUUAAUAAUCAACCUGCGUUUAGUCAUCCUUUGCUAAUGAAUCAUAAGUUACAGAAAAUUCCAAGUUUUAGAACAACAAUAAGAAAUAAUAAAAAAAAUAGUGUGAAUAUUUCAACUAAAGCUACAUUCGGGCUUCAAAAAGACAAAUGUCCAACCGGAACAAUCUCUAUUAAGAGAACAACCAAAGAUGAUUUAAUUCGAGGAAAAGCAUAUUUUAAUAAUGGUUUGAUUCAUUCUAUUCACGGUAACCAUUAUGCAGAAGUCAUAUCAAACGCGGAACGUGAUGAAUCAUAUGAAGAAGUUUAUGGAACAACUAGUGUUUAUGAUGUCAGUGUCACAAAUAAUCAAUCAACUUCGGCUGUGAUGUAUAUUCGAAAUGGACCUGAUAGCACAAAUUAUAUCGGCAUGGGAUGGCAUGUGGCUCCACAGAUGUACAAUGAUAAUGCAGCUCAUUUUUAUGUAGUAUGGACGACAGAUAAUUUCAAGAACACAGGAUGCUUUAAUUUGCAAUGCUCAGGAUUUGUUCAAACUAGCAAGAAUAACUACCUUGGCGGACGAUUUGUGAAUACAUCUGUCAUCGAUGGACGAAUUAUCGAAAUGACAAUAUCUAUUACCCAGGAUAGUGAAACAAAAAAUUGGUGGGUAACUAAUGAAAAUGAGAUGAUUGGAUACUUUCCUGCAUCAUUAUUUUCCAACAACAUGCCAUUCCUUCAAGUAGGAUGGGGUGGUAGAACAUCAAACCCUCAAGGUGGCCCUAGUCCUCCAAUGGGUUCUGGACGGUUUCCUAUAGAUGACAAAUAUGAUCAUGCAAGUUAUUUUUUAGAUAUUAAAUUUCGAUAUCAUUCCACAAACACUUCACCCGAAAAUUCUCUAAUGCAAGUAGUUUCUGACAAGCCUAAUUGUUUUUAUGCUAAAUACUUUGAUAGAAAUUUUCCGGAUAUUGGAUAUUCUCUCCUAUUUGGAGGACCGGGAGGAAAUUGUGAUGAUUAA